AUGGAAGAACAGCAAAGUGGUCGAAUCUGCUCGUAUUUCAGUGCUGCAAAGCCACUUCUUCCUCGAAAAAGAGGCCCUGACCUAAUCAAGAGUGUAGGUGAUUUUGAUGCCACGGCUAGGGUUUCCGUUGCCAAGAGAGUUUCUCUCGCAGAGGUGGCGUUUAACAGGUGCAAUGCAUUAGGGAAUGACCGUGGUCCUUCAUAUGAUGCUGCUCAUAGCAGUUUAAGUGCAGGGACAACGGCUGCUCCUGUAUUUAGUGCGGCGAAGGAGAAUUCGGGUCGAUCAUGUUUCGAAACUCCAAGGAAAGAACCUGAAGACACUAAACCUAAACCGCUGGAUUAUUUUUCAACCAUUGACCUUGUGGAUGAUGAUUUUGAUGACUCCAUUUUGGAACAAAUUGACAUUUUGUGUGAGCAGAAGUCUGCAGAGAAAGCAGCGGGGCAGGAGCUAGAUCAUUUUCUUGAGAGAGUUUCAAGUGAGAACAAUAUGGUUGGUGAUGUUAAUUUGAGUUAUGGAUCUAGCACUGUUUCUGAGGGUAUGGGAAGUUGUGGCCUGUUUGGCUCUGGGGUUGAUUUAGAUCAUAAAGAAGAAGAAAUGGAUACUACAAGGAAAAGUUUACAAAGUGGUGCCAUGCCUGAGGAGUAUUUAAAAUACUUGCAAUCCCUGAAUGACAGGCAAAGAGAAGCAGCUUGCACUGAUAUUUCAAUCCCUUUAAUGAUUGUAGCUGGUCCAGGAAGUGGGAAGACAUCCACAAUGGUUGGACGUGUUUUGAUGCUGCUUAAUGAGGGUAUUAGUCCAUCAAACAUUCUUGCAAUGACAUUUACAACAGCAGCAGCUUCUGAAAUGAGAGAACGUAUUGGAGCCAUAACUGGGAAGGCAACAUCUAAAGAACUUACAAUCAGUACUUUUCAUUCAUUUUCCCUGCAACUUUGCCGUUCACAUGGAGAAAAGUUAGGUCGUACACCUGAAUUCUUAAUAUAUGGACAGGGGCAACAGCGAAAUGCAAUUAUUGAGGCCGUCCGAUUAUUAGAAAAUGGAAAAAAUAGACAUAAAGAUGGUACACUGUUGAUUGGUGAAAUGUCCAAUAGUAUAACGACCCCUAAACUGUUCAAGGAUAAGGCGAAGAAAUGGCAAAAGUUUGUGACUCAGGCCAAAGCUUCAGGACAAACUUCUGCCGAGUAUCGUGAAAUGGGCAAUGAAAUAGGAGCUGAGAUUCUUGAAAAUUACAAUAACAUAUUAAAAUCUUGUAAUGCUCUGGAUUAUCAUGACUUGAUCAGCUGUUCUGUGAAGUUACUCACCGAUUUUCCUGAAGUUUUCAAAGAGUGUCAGGAUUCAUGGAAAGCUGUUGUUAUAGAUGAGUUCCAAGACACUAGUGCUAUGCAAUACAAGCUUUUAAAGAUUCUUGCAUCCCAUCAUAAAAUAACAAUUGUUGGUGACGACGAUCAGUCAAUUUUCAGUUUCAACGGAGCAGACAUUUAUGGAUUUAUUUCCUUUCGCAGUGAUUUUCCAAACUACAAAGAGAUUAGGCUUAACAAAAAUUAUCGGUCCACACGUUGCAUUGUUGAGGCUGCAUCUUCUCUUAUUCAAAAUAAUACCAAGCGAUGUCAGUUGAAGGAUGUUCUUACUGAUAACUCUUCUGGAUCCAAGAUAGUUAUAAAGGAGUGUCACAAUGAGGAUGCACAAUGUGCAUUUGUUGUUGACAAUAUCAUAGAAAUUUCAUCUAAUCAUUCAGCAACUGACUGUUGUUAUGGCAACAUUGCAAUUCUCUACCGUAGGCAGAUAUCGGGGAAAGCAUUCCAAAUGGCUUUCCGUGAAAGGAAAAUACCGUUUAACAUUCACGGUGUGGCUUUUUACAGGAAAAAGGUAGUCAGAACUAUCAUUGCCAUGCUUCGAACAGUGCUGCCUAGUUGUGAUGAUGGCUCAUAUAGUCGUGUCUUCAAGGCUUUACUGCCUUUUGAGAAAGAUAAAAAAAAGAGGGUAAUUGACCAUAUCAACAAAAUUUCAACUAUUAGAAAAUGUAGUUUCUUAUCAGCUGCCCGUGACAUCUUUAGUGCAAAGAUUUCUGGUAUCUUUCAAAGGAGUGAGCUUACCCAUGGAAGGAAGGUUUUAAUGACACUAGAGAUGAUUUCGAAACUUGUUCAGAGGGAAAAUUCAAUCUCAGCUAUCAUAACUUGUGUGGCAAACAUGAUACCUGAGAAAUACCUCCUUGAGAAACGGGCAACCAUUGAUGUUGAUGGAGGGACAUUGCUGAAUGAAGACUAUGACAUUAGAUCUGUUCGCCAAUACCUGUUAGAUGAUGUCUCUGAGUUUCUUUCCACUAAAUUCAAUGAGGUAAAAGGGGAAAGGGAAGUAUCAGAAGAUAACGGUUGCAUUUUUGUGCUAAAAGCUUUCAUUGAUUAUUUAUUUGAGCGUGAGAGGAAAAACUUUUGUGGUCGGAGGAAGGACAAUGAAAAUUCUGUGACAUUAACUACCAUUCAUCAGGCAAAAGGUUUAGAGUGGGAUGUUGUCUUCAUAGUUAAGGCAAAUGAAUCUGAGAUCCCUCUAUUACAUGAUUUCAAAGGUACUGUAAAGGACACUGGGGCCCUAGUUGAGGAAGAAAGACGUUUAUUAUAUGUUGCAAUGACUCGUGCUCGGCAGAAGCUUUUUAUUCUCUAUGUUAUGAUGGAUUCAAACUGGCAGAUGCUUCAACCUUCACGAUUUCUGAAAGAAAUUCCUCAUCAUCUUGUAGAGGUUCAGAUAAAGCAAGAAGCUGUUCAAAAGAAAACUGCCCAGUUUACCACCAAUCUGUUGAUAAAAGAGAAACAGUCUGAAGAUGAUGUGGUCCCUAUGCCUAAUGGCUUACUCAAUAACCAUUCUAGUGAGGCUUCCAAUGAGCUUGCAGAAUUUGCAGAGGCAAGCAAUGGCAGUAAUUUCUUGAGCAGAUUUAGUGUCGAGGAAAGAUCUGUUGUUUCUCAUUUAUUCCAUCAAUGGGCCAAAAAGAAAGCAUUUCAAGAUCCAAAGAGGUUGCUUGACAAGGUUGGUUUUGUAAUUGAUGAACGCCUUAGACAGAAGAAAAACAAAAACAAGGAUUUGUUGAAUACGCUGAAGUCUUGCUUAAGCUGUGACGAAGCAUUUCAGCAUGCUCAAUAUGUUUUGAGAUGGGAGCAGAUUCCUGCUGAUAAACGUGCUCAUCUUAUGAGGGAAAAACAGGAACAUUUCCUGAAACUAAGGAUGGAGAAUGCAAUGGGUUCGGCAACACCAACUGUCAAGCAGAUUUCUUAUUUGAAAAAACUGGGUUGCACCAUGAUCCCUACAUCCCGCCUCCAUGCGUCUCAUCUUAUUGAGCAGUACAAAUCAUUGUAAGAAUCAAGUGGUGGGGUCUUUCGUUUCUCCUAUUAAGCCAAUAUAUAUUGAACUUUUUCUGUUAGAGUAUAUGGAAGGCCAAGCUAGUUUGUAACCUAGAUGUAUAAAAUAUUUUCAAUUUAGUUUGCAAGGAAAUUUUGGUUGAGUAAAUAGAUA